AUGCAGUCUGAUCGAGUCCCGGCCUCGACAAUUAUUGCCGAGAUCCAGAAGCGCCGUGCCGAUGCUGGUAAGCUCGUGGCCGGCGUUGCUGCCGCGUCCAACAGUGACAUGUUUAAAGGCCCGCUGACUCGCGAGAAGCAAGAUGGAAAACCAAAAGCAAAACGAUGGGAUCACCAUCUCACCGAAGAAAGCCUACGGCGCCAGCCCUGCGCGCUCAAGCAAGCCGCGCAGUUUCUCAAAAAGCCCGGGCUGAUCUCGCUCGGCAGCGGGCUUCCCUCGAGCCAGGUGUUCCCGUUCGCCGAGCUCUCCAUGAAGGUGCCCGUGGCGCCGGGGUUCUCGGAGCAGGCGACGGCGCGGAGCGGGGUGCAGGCGACGAUUGGCAAGUACGACGUGCGGGAGGGGGCGUCCGAGUACGACCUGUCGGUGGCGCUCAACUACGGACAGGCGACGGGCUCGGCCCAGAUGAUGCGGUUCCUGACCGAGCACACCGAGAUUGUCAGCCGGCCGCCGUACGCCGACUGGGCCGUGUGCCAGACGAUUGGCAACACGGGCGCGCUCGAGCAGGCCGCGCGCAUGCUGUGCGACAAGGGCCGGCGCGACGCCGUGCUGACCGAGGCCUUUGGCUUCUCCACCGCCAUGGAGACGCUGGAGCCGCUCGGCGUCGGCGUCUUCGGGACGCCCGUCGACGGCGAGGGCAUCGUCGCCGAGGCCAUGGACGCGCUGCUCAGCGCGUGGGACGACGCCGCGCGCGGCGGCUUCCGCCGCCCGCACGUCCUGUACACGGUGCCGUCCGGGCAGAACCCGACGGGCGCGACGCAGAGCGCGGCGCGGCGGCGCGCCAUCUACACCGUGGCGCGCAAGCACGACCUCAUCGUCAUCGAGGACGAGCCGUACUACUUUCUGCAGAUGGAGCCGUACGGGGAGGCGCCGCAGGGGCGCGCGCCGCCGGCGACGGUGGACGAGUUCGUGGCGGGCCUCGUGCCGUCGUACGUCAGCCUCGACGUCGACGGCCGGGUGAUGCGGCUCGACUCCUUCUCCAAGGUGCUGGCGCCGGGCGCGCGGCUUGGCUGGGUCGUCGCCUCGCAGCAAAUCAUCGAGCGCUACCAGCGCCACGCCGAGGUCGCGUCCCAGGGCCCCAGCGGCUUCUCCCAGGUCAUCCUGCACAAGCUGCUCGACCAGACCUGGGGCCACGCCGGCUACCUCGAGUGGCUGAUGAGUCUGCGCGUCGAGUACACGCAGAAGCGCAACGCCCUGCUGGCCGCCUGCGAGAAGCACCUCCCGCAGGACAUUGUGAGCUGGACGCCGCCGGCCGCCGGCAUGUUUAUUUGGCUUACUGUAGACCACACGAAACAUCCUGAUCACGGCAAACGCAGUCUCGAGGAGAUUGAGCAGGAGAUUUUCGACGCUUGCAUCGAGGGAGGCGUGCUCGUGGCCCGCGGCUCCUGGUUCCGCGCCGAACAGCACGUACCGCUGUCGGGCCUCUACUUCCGUGUCACUUACGCCACGGCCAGCGUCGAGGAUAUGGACUUGGCCACGUCACGCUUCGGUGAUGCGGUUCGUAGCAGCUUCAAAUCUGGAUAG